UCGUGAUGGCGCUUGAUUUGACUCCUCGGUUUAGAAGGUUGAACAGCCAAACUCGAAGCUUUCGUGAAAAUCUACAGCAUGGCUUCGCUGGGCCCUUUGGUGCCACCCAGCUGUGGCACAACAUCAUCCAAGCCCUACAGACUCAAGUGGAAGUACGCAGCUGCAGGAGACAUUUACGUGUUUACGCUGAAUGUUUCACAGGCUCAGACGCUGUGGACGCAGUUCUCAGUUACUUGAUGCAGAACGUGGCAUUUUGCACAAGUGAAGUUUCUCGUCUCAAAGCUGCUCGGCUCUGUCAGGCUUUGAUGGAGGCGAAGGUAUUUGAACCAGUAGGCACAAAGCUGUUUCGUAGGGACAAGGAGGUGACCUUUGAGGACAGCAGCUGCAGUCUUUACCGUUUUCUGGAAUACAAAGGAUUUUCGAAUUCUGAUGUGAAGGGAAACAUUGAUGCAGAAAACAUCCCAGAACAGCAGGAGAUAAAAAGGAAGAGGAGCUCAAGGAGGCUGAAUGAAUUAAGAACAAUUGCCAAUCCUCUUGCUGUUGGAUCAUCAGACAGAAGGGUGGAAAGAUUGCUAAGGGCCAUCAAUCUGCAGCCAUCCUUGUCUGCAGCUCACAACAGAACCACCACAUCUUCUACCUUUCUUUCCAAAACUGUGUCAGAUCAGGUUUGGAAGCAGCAAACCGUGUUGCAGCUGCUGCAGUUAGUAGAAUUGCCAGUGUUGGACUGCAUUCUUACCUCUCCUGAAAGAGUUCAUCCCCAAACCUGCAAAGUUCCUCUGGCCAACCAGGAUCUGGUUAUCUCUAACACAUGCUUGGAACGAGAGCUGUCUGACACCCUUCCCCUACCCCAGUUGGAUGAGUGGCUGUCAGCAGCAGCAGACUGUUUGGAACUCUUUCCCGACCAGCUGAUCGUGGUUGCAGGAGAACAGCUAAGCCUGCAAUGUGGAAAUGCAUCUUUGGAGGAUCCCAGUGCAGAACAUAUGACAAGCAAGAAGAGGCUGUUGUUUGAUACCAUUGCCAAAUACUACAGUGGACAAGAAAAAUCUCCACUCAUUUCAGGGCGUUACCUGGACAUACAUAUUGCAGUUCUGAAUUUACUGGAUGAAGGGAAGCUACAGGAUGCCAUCAAAGCAUCUCAAUUGUGUUUGCGGCUGCUGGAAUCAAGUCUGAGAGAUGAACUGCAAAGACUUCUGGCCUUCAUGGUGAUAGCAGCUCGCUCAGAUGCUUGCCGUCUGCAGAAACAGACUGAUAACAGAUCCUUGGUGUGCCGCACAUUUCAGAGAGCUCUUGUUCAGAAUCAUGAAUUGACUCGAUCACAGAGUGAAGCUCUGGUGUUCUUUCUCAUGGACAAUCACUCUGAGCUCUUCAAGACACCUACAACCCUUAUUGAAGCUGUGAGGAGAACACUGAGGACUGUGCAGCAGGGAAAAGAUCCUGACUCAUUUGCUACGUUCACCUUCUGCCAGCAGGUGACUCCACAGGAAUACGAGGACCAGCGUGAGGCUACCACCCUGGAGAGCCUCAAACAACUUCUUCAUGACAUUUCCUCGAGCAAGAGGAUGUCUGCCAAGGAGAAGAGGAGGCUGCUCAAAGAGUUUGAAAAGCAUCACCCUGUGGUCUUCCUGCAGCACUUUUCUAGCACUUUCUGAAACACACAAGUAGCUGGGACUGGUUUGACUUCAUGGGUGUACUUGGCAAAUUCACGCAGUUUCAGGAUUUAAAAAAAAAAAGGUUAACCUUAAAUGCAUUUUAUGAUUCUAACUAACAAGGAAGUACUGACUUGCAUAUGGUUACACCUCUAAUGUGUAGUAUGCAGAGUAUCGAUACAUACUACAAAUGCUUUUCAAAUGGCAUGUUACAAUGGCUGUAAUCUUUCCAAAUCCAAAUGAAUCACGAGGUAAUGAUAGCUGAAGUUUUAUUUUUAAAUUUGCUUGUAACUUGAAGGCAAUGAAAUUUUAGUUCAGUACAUCUGGUCAACAACUGCUGUAAAAAGUAUUGCACUAGUUUGAAAACUGUUGUUUACUGUAUAAUCUAUGUCAUGAUGGUAAAUGAAGUAUAAUUUAAACAAAAAAUUGAUUGUUGGCACAGAUUUUACAUUCUACAGUUUAGCUUUACUGCAGGAUAAAAUCAAGUGUUAAAAGGGUGUAAAGGGAAUACUUAAAUUUCAGUACUAAAUGAAUUCUCUCAGCCAUCAGAUGGUUGUUUUGAGGCAACAUUAAGUGAACAGCUUGUGCUUGCAGAUUGAAGUGCUCCAUUUGGAUGUGUAAUACUAAACUCUUUUUUUUCAGUGUGCAUCAGGCCUUGGGAAUAGUGUGCUUUUCUGGGGCUGUACAUUUUUAUUAAGCAUUAAUUUCUCUACAUCACAAAAAGAUGUAAAGAUGUUAUCCAUUUUGAGGCCUUGAUUUGGUAGCUGUACUUGAAAGAAAAAUACUAAUUGUUGUAAUAAUUUCUUUUUCUGCGAACAUUCUAAAAAAAUGUUAUUAUUAAAUGAAAGCAGGAAGGGUAUUAGGAUAACUAUCCUCAUGUAUAAUUUUAUGGUUAAUGACUGUAUUUAGUGCCAUAAUUUAAAUAUUCUAAUUGGAGGUUUUUAGGAUUUUUAACUUGAAAGAUAGACAUUAUGACCUCAUUGGAAAAAGUGCGGUACUCUAACUGGAUAUGCUACUGAUGUAAUUUUUUUUUAAAAAUUAUAAGCAUCACUGUAAUGAAGACAUGGUUGUAAUAAAAAAUGUGUCUCAUUU